AUGGGGAAACGAAAGAGAGGCCGAAAGGACAGGCCCUUGACACACGAAGAAAUAUGGGACGACUCUGCAUUGAUAGAAUCCUGGGAAGCGGCUGCAGAGGAGUACAAGCUCUAUCACAGCAUUCAAGCAAAAGGGGAGAAUAUUGAAGAUGCUUUACGAGAUUAUGAAGCUAACGAGGCUGCAAAGGCGGCUGAAGGGGGGAAUGAGAUUGAUUACGGUGAUGACGAUGCUGCGAUUCCAGACGACGGCGCGAGCGCUCAUGACUUACGGCCUGGAACGGCAGCUAGUGGAGAGGGCGGCGAAAUUAUGGAAGAAGGAGAAUCAAAGGCAGCUCGCUCAUAUGCAGCACAAGAGCCAGCGCCAAAGCGGCCGCGUCAGAACGAGACCCAAGGUGUUCCUGUAACUCAACCCGAAGCUAACCAAUCAAGCGGGGCUUUCACGAGCGUUCCGCAUAUGGUUCUGGGGACAGCUGACGCAUCCACCGCCCAGGAGGAUGAGAGUUUGAAGAACCUCAUGAUGGCUUGGUAUUUUGCCGGAUAUUAUACAGGGCUCUAUGAGGGCCAACGACGCGCAAACCCGCAGCCACAAACUUGA